ACAAUUGUCUAAUUAAAUUGGUAGCACUGCACCAUCAUAAAAGUCAAAUUUUUUCCACAUCAUUUUUUCAUAGUCGUGCGAAUUGAUUGAAAAAAAUUAACUUAAAAGGUCAUGUGCUAAGAAAAUCAUACACAUAUAUCCAGAGGAGGCAUUUGUUUAAAGAUUCUCCAAUUGAAGAACAACGUUACUGACACAUAUCUUAGAAGUUUCGCCCUACAAGUAUAUUUGUAUAAAAUGUCAACUGACGCACAGCCGCAACCAGCUGCGCAGGGAAAUGGCGAGCUGGCACCAGCAGCUGAUGGUGUUGCUGCUGGCAACAAUCCAGAUCAACAACAACAACGGCAACCAACCAAAAUGGAAUCUUUCUUUGCAAUGACAAAAUCAUUGAUAUUACGUGCCCUUAUAAUUUAUUUCAUAAGCUCAUUUUUCCGUCGGCCGCAAACAGCAACCAAUGAAACACCUGAGCAAAAAGCUGCAAAUUUGGCUCCGCGUGUAAACGCUUGGAAUUACUUCGAGAAUGGCACGCUUUUUGAUUUGCAUGUUUGGUUGUCGGAACAUUCAGAAGAAGUAGACUUUAAACAAAAAUCGAAUUUAUUAUGGUUACAAGAAGACCUUGUAUAUGGCGAUUGGUCAUCAGGGCCAAAACGCGAUGGCAUUUAUACGCAUAGUUUGAAGGUAAAAGCAUCAAAAUCGUUGAUGAACAAUGGCAGCAUUUAUAUGCACACCUUCGUUACACGUGCAGGAGAAAGUCCAGAUCCUGCCGCAGAUAAUUAUGCCAAAAAGGGAAUGAUGGGUUCUCAGCAACGAAUUCUCAAUAAAUACAAGCGGAUACGUGUAAAUCGUAACUAUAAUCUGCUCGGUGGAGAAAAGGAAAGAUUGGCUAAAGAGCUAGAACAAGCAAACCUUAAAGAUACCAUAGUUUCACAUUGGCAUCCCAAUAUAACAAUAAAUUUAGUGGUGGAUCAAACCAAUUGGGCUGCGGGUACCGUGCCACCCCCACUCGAUGAGUACGUCAAAUUUGUGGAAGGUGGCAAAACGUAUUUGCCAAUUGUAUUCAUUAAUGAUUAUUGGAAUUUGCAACGUGAAUAUUUUCCGGUAAAUGAGACCACACCAGAAUUAGAUUUGCAUAUAACUUUCCAACCUUUGAGCAUGUUCAAAUGGCAAUUGUACGCCGCGCAACAGAUGAAGAACAAAUGGAGUGGAAAUAUGUUGGGAGAAUUAAUGACAGCUGGCGCACCUGAGGAAUCCGAUGAAGAUCAAGAUUCUUUGAAAGAAACACUGCUUGAUACAAAUAUAUAUUUGCUCGGACUCACAAUUGCUAUAUCAAUUUUGCAUUCAGUGUUUGAGUUGUUGGCUUUCAAAAACGAUAUACAGUUCUGGAACAAUCGUAAGUCGCUGGAAGGUCUCUCAGUACGCUCCGUCUUCUUUGGCGUAUUUCAGUCGUUAAUUGUGCUGCUAUACGUGCUGGACAAUGAAACCAACUUCAUGAUUCGUGUCUCCUGCUUUAUUGGUUUGGGCAUUGAAAUUUGGAAAAUUCACAAGGUUGUCGACAUUGAUUACAACACCGAUCAGAAAAUUUUGGGCAUAUUCCCGAAAAUCAGUUUCCAAGACAAAGGCUCAUAUGCGGACAGCAAUACAAAAGAAUAUGAUAAUCUCGCCUUCAAAUAUCUGGGUUGGGCAUGUUUCCCACUGCUCAUCGGAUAUUUCAUCUACUCAUUAGUGUAUAACCAGCACAAGGGUUGGUAUUCGUUUGUGCUGAAUAUGCUGUAUGGUUACCUCCUAACGUUCGGCUUCAUCAUGAUGACGCCCCAGUUGUUCAUCAACUAUAAACUAAAGUCCGUGGCACAUUUGCCAUGGCGUAUGAUGACAUACAAAUUCCUCAACACCUUUAUAGAUGAUAUAUUUGCUUUUGUGAUCAAAAUGCCUACUAUGUAUAGGUUGGGCUGUUUCCGUGACGAUAUUAUAUUCUUCGUAUUCCUGUAUCAACGCUGGCAGUAUCGCGUUGACUACAAGCGUGUCAACGAAUUUGGUUUCUCCGGCGAAAUGGUAGAAGAAGCGUCGAAAAAGAAACUAGAAGGUGCGGCACCUGCGUCCGAGCAGCAAGCAGAAACGGCAGCUAUCGAAAAUACACCGAAAUCGGCGGCCGAUAAGAAGGAAGACUAAGUAUUGUCACGUAUCUGUAGAUGUUAGUUAAUUUAAACCGAGUUUUCCAAUUCCACACAAAAUAAAAGUGGAUAUUUCAUGUAUGAAUGAGAUUUUCUGUGAAAAAGUCAUAUCUUUGUGUUCUCUAAAAAUUUCACUUCCUAUAUGUUAGCAAAUUGAUUUAGAGAAUGUGUAAACAUAAUUUAAGUUGCUGUUCGCAAAUGUAUAUUGAAAACGCAAAAGGCAAAUAUUAGAAUCAUUUAAUAAAGACAUACAUACUAAUGUACUAUUCAUAAAUAUCGUAA